CCGGCUGGCCGGAGUUACUGAGUCUCCUGGGCUGGUUCUGGGCCUUCUGCUUCAGGCCAAGGUGUGACUGCAUGAGUAGAAGAAGGAAGUUUGUUCUUGCCUCAGUACUUGCUCUCCAGAAUUCAAGUUUUAUAUAUCCAUCAUGUCAAAAGUGCUUCUCUCGGAUAAUCCUGGUCUCCAAAAGGUCUAAUUGUCCAAAAUGUGGCUCUACUGGCAACGCUGAAAAUGCCACUUACAGAUAUAAACUUUCCUUAAAAGUUGCAGAAUCAAAUAAAUUGUUUGUCAUUACUGUAUUUGGAAGCUGCUUAGAUACAUUUUUUGGUCUUUCUGCCACUGGUUUGCACAGGUACAUUCAGGAUCCUAAUAAAAUUCCGGAAACAGUAGACAGUGAUACAACCCAGAGCCUAUUAACUAAAGCAGUUGAAACUUGCUUUGUCGGACAAAGCUUUAUUUUUGGAGUGACGAAUUUUGAAAACCAAUAUGGACAAGGUUCAGAUUUUAGUAACUUCCUACAGGAGUGCCCUUAUCACAAAAGAGAAGUCAGUGCCUUAGUGGCUUGCCAGAUUGUUCUGCCAAACCCAAGUGCUUCAGGCUUCACUGUCAUUGACUACUUCCAUCAGCUUUUGCAGACUUCCAAUUUUAGGAAACUUCACUGUGCCUCCCAGACACCUAAUAGUCACUUACUUGCUUUAGAUCACUCAGAUAGUGAUCUCAGCAGCAUAUGUGGCCCUGACAGCAAUUCUUAUUUUUUCGAGUCCUACGGCAGAGAAAAUUUUUCAAGAUUCUGGCAGCUAUCACUUGAACUCACUUCCUUUGUUUCACAACUAACAGAUAAUGAUGUUUUUUCAGCUUCAGACCAAAGCAAGGCCAUUGGUAUUCUUCACCAGAGCAGAAAGUACAUCUCCUUUGCAGAGACCACUGGUUCCAGUAGCUGCCAUGAUCCCAUUCAGAGUUCAUGGAGCCUUGCUUCAUAUAUGGAUAAAAAGAGUUCAGCAGAAAAGUUGGUUGAAGAAGUUGCCUUACAAGCUAGUCAGCUGAGUGCAACUCACAGCAGUCAUCAUGAAGUUAGAGUUACUGACUCUAAUUUAUUCCCUUUGAAAAUGCUAGAGCUCCUUAAGUCAAGUAAUACAAAAUCUUUCCACAGUGCAGUGGAAAUUAAAAAUAGGUAUUCCCAGUGUGAACCACUAUGUUACCAGCAUUAUAAUGUAGAUACCCCUCCUAGCCUUCAAGAGAGAUCUGCAUGUUUUCUGCCUUCAUCACUGAUACUUGAAGAGAGAGCUGGUGGUUCCCAGGAUUGUGACCCUGAGAUUUGGGAUGAUCUGCCACUCUCUGAAAGCCUGAACAAGUUUCUGGCAGUUAUCGAAAAUGAGAUUGCUAUAACCCAGACAGAUGACAAUAUUAGGAAACAUCAUGUAGAUAAUGACAUUGAUAAGUUCCAUGCAGACCAGAGCAGGUUAUCUGUGACUUCCCAGAGAAUUACUGGAGACCUGCAUACACCACCUGUAGCUUUAAGAUCAUCACAAGCAACAAUCAAAGCAAACUCUAGCAAAAAUAACUUCCUUUCUGACUGUGAAGCAAAUCCAAACUCUAGUAUUCAAAAGGAGCCACAAUCAGAUAACACAGCAGACACUGUCUCUAUAUGUAGUAAUGGAAGAGAAGUUUCCGAAUAUUUUCUACCAAACGCUUAUCUGUCAACUCUGUUUCCAUCUUCAAAAAAUUUAGAAACAACAGUUACUCUUAAGAAGUCUACCAGAACCCCAUCACAUAGGGAUAAAGUUUCUCUUAGGCCCAGUACUUCAGCAAGUGAUUAUUGUCUCAGUAUCAAAUAUUUUAAUAGAUGUGGAGAAAAAUCCCUUUCAGAAAUGAGUGAAAAUUUGACAACUUUGAGGUAUAGGAAGUAUAAUGAUGUUUCUGAUAUUCACACAUUAGAAAAUAAGCAAUAUUACAACUUAAAAAACAAACAAUAUUAUAGGUAUCCAAAGAACCAAGGUGAAAGUUUUACAAUUUGCAGGAAACUUAUGUAUUCAUUAGAAACUCUUCACAGUAGUCCAAAUAUAAGUACAAAUACAUUGAAAGAAGUACCUUGUGGACUUAUCAAUAAUAACUUAACACAGAGCAAUUCUACUGGUCAUGAAGGUAGCUAUGAUGCUUCUGCUGAUCUCUUUGGUGAUAUUGAUAAGGAAAUGGACAUUACAACAGAAAUUAUAGAAAAAUCACAGUAUAUUUUGUCUUUGGCAGAAAGUCAUCCUGUGGAAUCUGAUUUUUCACUGAGAUCACCUGAAAAGUCCAGCCAGCCUUCACAAAAAUUAUCUUUGCAAAGCAUAUCUGUCUCUAGGUUUCCAAGAAUAUGCUCUCCUCCACCUCAUUUUCAGUCAGAUUCAGAAUAUGAUUUUGAAGAUAGCCAAGACUUUGUUCCAUGUUCACAGUCAACUCCAGUUGCAGGAUUCCACCAAACAAGAAUUCAUGGGAUGAACAGAGCUUUCAAAAAACUACCUGCCUUUUAUUCAGAUUUUGAUGCUAACUGUAAAAAAACAAAGAUUUCUCCUGAAUAUGACAAGCGAGCCACCCCAAAUUGUCCAAAAAAUAUAAAAACACCCAUCCAGAGAUCCAGAAGCCCUAUUAAAGUUGAUAUUGCACAACCAGAGGCUUUAAACCACUGUCCUAUUGCUGCGUGCCUUGAAACUGAUGUUGAUGAAUUGGUCCCUCCUACCACAAAAAAAGUAUUUCUUUCAGAUAUGCCUGGAUUCCAAGUCACGGGUCUUAGGAAAUGCCUUGCUGCCCAUAACUCUCCUAAUGAAAAAGAAUUACCAAGAAAAAAACUGAAACAUGUCAGACAAAGAACUGAUAAAUGUGUAACUAAUGAGUUAAAUUUAAACAAUAUGCUUACAGCAAGAGUUACAAAACAGAAAACUCCUAAAUAUAACUGUAAAAGUUCAGGCUGGAUUGCCAAAGAGUCAAUUCUUGGACUUGAUUCUUGUUCAGAUGUCAAAUGUUGCCUUCCGUUUUCAGAAAAUUGCCCAGCAUCAGUGUCUGAAACUAAAACUGCAUGGUCACCUGAGUUGUUUUCAUAAAAAGCCACCCAAACCCAAUUCCUGAACUUUUAAAUAAAGGUAAAUUUCUUUGGAAACUUUUGCCUCUAGUGUCAUGGAAAGCAUUCUUCACAUUUUGAACACUUGAAGAGAAGCAAAGAGAAAAAUAAAAAGUAAAAAAUAGCACUGGGGGCUACUAUACAUUUUAAAAUGUUGUAAAGCCAUUGUUUUCCACAGUGCUUUACCCAGAACACU